AUGUGUAUGUAGGAACUGCGAAAUAUCAGACAGUCAGGUUUCAGUUUUAACUUAUCGCUGUUGUUUAUCUGUUUCACCCAGAUCCAAAAAUGAUGAUCUUUCCACUGCGAUUUUGAAGCAGAAGACAAGACCUAACAGAUUGAUUGUCGAUGAAUCCAUCAAUGAAGACAACAGUGUGGUCUCACUCUCUCAGGUAGGCCUAAAUUGCAGGUGAUUGGGUGGAUUUGUAUCCACAUACACAUCCACUGUUCACAUAUUUACACUCCCAGAAUGUAAUUAUUCUGGCUCUAAGCAGCCAUGUGUUAUUUUGAUCCUCAGCUGCUGCUGUGGAAAAUAUCUGGUCCUGCUGUACUCAAAGUAUCUAAAAGUAUUUAGAACAUCUAGUGAAAUUCAUGGCGUUCAUGCUCUGUUUUUAGGCAAAGAUGGAUGAGCUGCAGCUGUUCCGUGGAGACACAGUGCUGAUGAAGGGGAAGAAGCGCAGGGAGUCUGUGUGUAUUGUCCUGUCUGACGACACUUGCUCUGAUGAGAAGAUCCGCAUGAACCGUGUGGUCCGCAACAACCUCCGCGUCCGUCUGGGGGAUGUCAUCAGGUACACACACAGAUGCACACACACUGGAACACACACAUAAACAAACAAGUUUGUUUAUAUGUACAUCUGCCCAAAGCAAAUUGAGAUGAGUGAUGUUUCUCUAUUCUUCCUGCUGCAGUAUCCAGCCAUGUCCUGAUGUGAAGUAUGGGAAGAGGAUCCAUGUUCUGCCUAUUGAUGAUACAGUGGAGGGAAUCACUGGCAACCUAUUUGAGGUCUACCUCAAGCCCUACUUCCUAGAGGCCUACAGGCCCAUCCGCAAGGGUCAGCACACACACACCAAUACGUUUGAUUUGACUAGGGAUGGGCAUUUAAUAUUAUUUCACUAUUCAAAUAAUAUUUUUUCUCAACACUUUUUAGUUGUUUUAUUUUACUUUUUUAUAAAAAAUAAAUGCACUGUUGGGUAAGGGCUGUAAGUAAGCAUUUCACUGUAAUGUCUGCACCUGUUGUAUUCGGCGCAUGUGGCCAAUAAAAUUGGAUUUGGUUUGAUAAUUUUUUCCGGAUAUCCGGAUAGUCAAAAUUCUAUUAAAAAAAAUAGAAAUAUAUAUAUUCUCUACUCUUGACCAAUCAGAAUGACGCAACAUGCCACAGCAGCAGACAGUGCGCAGUUGUUUUCAGGGUGCUAUUAUGCUAGUUUUUGGCUAACAGUAGCCUAGGCUAACAGCGAAAGAGAAGUCUGAUGUUCGCUAUAAUAUAACCGAUUACUGUUUCAAAAAUACGUGACGUCUGAAACAGCAGUAGCUCAAUGCGCCGUACAUAAACACUACAUUCUAAAGUUUGUUGUUUUAUUAAAUUUAAACGUUUCAAAUGUCAUGGUAUAUCCUUGUGUGUAACAUGGACAAUUUAAUUUAGACAAAGCGUUUUCAUUGUUAAAAUAAGCCUACAAAAAAUCUCCCAAAUGUAAUACUCUUACAAAUGUUCAAAUACUAACGUCCGUUCGGAUAUCUAGAUAGUCGAUUAACUGUGCCAUCCAUAACACACACCUGUUACCAGUCGUUUUGUUUCAAAACAGAGACGUUGAACAAUAGUGUUUGUUUCUGUAUUUGAUUCUGUAAUGUGCAGGUGAUAUCUUCCUUGUUCGUGGGGGUAUGCGUGCGGUGGAGUUCAAGGCGGUGGAGACAGACCCCAACCCCUACUGCAUCGUUGCCCCCGAUACCGUCAUCCACUGCGAGGGAGAGCCUAUCAGGAGAGAGGUGGGUCACAACCUCAACCCAAUCGCUUGUGGGCAGAGCACUCUUCAUUUAGCCUAUGGAAAUCUAGGAGUACUUUUAGCCAAUCAAGAGGCUCAGGUGGGAAUCUGUAUUGAAUUGGGACCUACAGUGAGGGGAAAAAAGUAUUUCCUCCCCUGCUGAUUUUGUACGUUUGCCCACUGACAAAGAAAUGAUCAGUCUAUAAUUUUAAUGGUAGGUUUAUUUGAACAGUGAGAGUCAGAAUAACAACAAAAAAAUCCAGAAAAACGCAUGUCAAAAAUGUUAUAAAUUGAUUUGCAUUUUAAUGAGGGAAAUACUUCUUUCCCUCACUGUAUGUGUCCUGAAGUCCCUGCCUAUACCCAGCCCUAGUAAUCAAACCUACUCUCAAACCUCAGACUUACUUCUGUGUGUUUCUUGUGUGUGUAGGAUGAAGAGGAGUCCCUGAAUGAGGUGGGCUAUGACGAUAUCGGAGGAGUGAGGAAGCAGCUGGCUCAGAUCAAGGAGAUGGUGGAGCUGCCACUCAGACACCCUGCACUGUUCAAGGCUAUAGGAGUCAAGGUAACACACAGCUCACUAUCUUCAAGGCCUUCUGUCCUUCUCUACACACUUUCUUGAACAGUAGGGAGUUUAAAAACAAGCUUUCCAGAUUCAGAAAGUCAAGAAUUUCAGUUGGCUUAAGAAUGGAAGAAAUCAUUUUUCAGUAUUGGAAAUUUGUUCUGUCAGCAACACUAAGGAGAUUGACAUGCACCUAUUCUCUCCUCCAGCCCCCCCGUGGUAUCCUGCUGUACGGACCCCCUGGUACAGGAAAGACCCUGAUUGCCAGAGCUGUCGCUAAUGAGACCGGAGCCUUCUUCUUCCUCAUCAACGGUGAGAUUCUAAACCUUACCCUUUCCCUGGCAGAGGUUCACUGUCCAUGAUAUGUCACUGUACUCUUUUGUCGUUUUGUGGUAGCUGUUUUGAUGUUGCUGUGUAUGACCCUUCUGUCUGUGUGCCUGUCCGUGUGUGCGUAGGUCCUGAGAUCAUGAGCAAGCUGGCUGGAGAGAGUGAGAGCAACCUGAGGAAGGCCUUCGAGGAGGCUGAGAAGAACUCUCCUGCCAUCAUCUUCAUUGAUGAACUGGAUGCUAUCGCUCCAAAGAGAGAGAAGGUGAGGGGGAGAGAGAAUGGGAAUUAACGGUGUGCAUUGGUUGAUGUGCAGAACAGGAGAAUAAAAAUGGAAUACAAAGGAACCAGGGAAGUCCCUCAAUAAUGGGUCACCCAACUAUGACAUUUUAUCACUUCAAUAAAUACCAAGUCUAGCAGGUAUAAACAGUGAUCUGACAUUUUUUGUAGACCGACGGUUAGAUGGAGGCAUAUCAUGCUGUUGUUAACGUGUGUGUGUGUGUUUGUAGACCCAUGGAGAAGUGGAGAGGCGUAUCGUGUCUCAGCUGCUGACCCUGAUGGACGGGCUGAAGCAGAGGGCUCAUGUCAUUGUCAUGGCAGCCACCAACAGACCCAACAGCAUAGACGCUGCACUUAGGAGAUUUGGUACGUAUACACACUUUUUAUUGGUUGGUUACAGGGUGUUUUGAUGUUUUUAUUAUGCAGUUGUUGUAUUGGUUGCUUUAGUGCUCCAACGUACUUGUGCGUCCAGGGCGUUUCGAUAGGGAGGUGGACAUUGGAAUCCCUGAUGCUACAGGCAGACUGGAAAUCCUGCAGAUCCACACCAAGAACAUGAAACUGAAUGACGAUGUUGACCUUGAGCAGGUGUGUGCUGAUUCUUGGCCUGCAUUCGAAAUGGCAUCCUAUUCUCUACCGCCCUGGUCAAAAGUACUGCACUGUUUAGGCAGGGCUCGACAUUAACGCUUGUCCUCUUGUCUGGGACAAGUAAAAACAAUUGUCGGAUAAGAAGAAUAUAGAUUUGUUGUCCAAAUGGACAAGUAAAAAAAUUAACACAAAUCAAAAUAUCAAACAAUUACUCUGAUCAGAAUUGGAUAAGAGAGGCCAACAUUGGAAUAAAAUUCAUGGGAUUACGCCCAUCCACCACCCCUAUCCACAACACCCUAGUAAAACCCAAGUCUAAUUGAUGGUAUUAGUUCUCACUGUUCCCCCUAGUGGCCGGCUUUGAAGGCAUUUCCCGACAUCCUCAGGAUAUGGAUAAAUGUCCAAUUUCAACGUCAAUCUUGAACAAUCUCCCUGAAUAGGCAGUGUAGCCUACAUUUUGGUCUGAUUCUCUAUGGUGUAAAAGAUAGUAAUGCUUUUUAUUUUGUAAAGUCGUUCUUUGCACCAUUUCUUUGGGGGACAGGUGACUUGAGCUUUUGCACAAGUAAAAAAUCAGUCCAACUUGUCCGAAGGACAAGUGGCAAAAAAAGUAGCCAAUCCCUGAUUUAAGGAAUAGGGUGCCAUUUGGGACACAUCCUUGGUGUGUCUUGUUAGGUGGCUGACACACAUUUGCCACACCCAUUGAACUGUCAGCAUUGUGUUCCGAGGCUGGCCUGCAUGUUAACUCCCCCUGUUUCUCUGUGUAGGUGGCUAAUGAGACCCACGGCCACGUGGGUGCUGACCUGGCUGCCCUGUGCUCUGAGGCUGCUCUCCAGGCCAUCAGGAAGAAGAUGGACCUAAUCGACCUGGAGGACGAGACCAUCGAUGCGGAGGUCAUGAACUCCCUGGCCGUAACCAUGGAUGACUUCAGGGUAAGAAACACCCUACCAAGUGUAGACUGUCACUACCUAGGGUAGACUACACACACUACCACAACUCAGUAUGUACUAACUAUACUACUCCCAGUUAUGUAUAUAUGAUAUUAAAGGUGUGUUUGUGUUUCAGUGGGCUCUGAGCCAGAGUAACCCAUCAGCUCUGAGGGAGACUGUGGUGGAGGUUCCUAACAUCACCUGGGGGGACAUCGGAGGACUGGAAGAUGUCAAGAGGGAGUUGCAGGAGCUGGUGCAGGUACGAUGCGCACACACACACAUUUAAAAUACUUUAUAUGAAUCCACAAAUCAGAUUAGUCUAAGGAUUCAAACAUUUCAUAGGUCAUGGAUAUAUGGACACUUAUGGAUAAAGAAAGCACCUUCUCCAUACAGCAAGACACAGGCAGUACCUCGCUAGCUGCUUUGCCUUUGUCUAAUGCAGGCCUGCCAUCACAAGAGCGCACACAGUUUAACCUUACACACAUUACCUAACCUCUAUCUUUCUAUCCCCUGUAGUACCCAGUGGAGCACCCUGAUAAAUUCCUGAAGUUCGGUAUGACCCCGUCUAAGGGAGUGUUGUUCUACGGGCCCCCGGGUUGCGGUAAGACCCUGCUGGCCAAGGCCAUCGCCAACGAGUGCCAGGCCAACUUCAUCUCCAUCAAAGGACCUGAGCUUCUCACCAUGUGGUUCGGAGAGUCCGAGGCUAACGUCAGGGAGAUCUUUGACAAGGUAUGACAUAGAAGUGACCCACCAAAAAUAAGUUAACGUUUGUAUUAGUGCACUAUGGUAGAUCCUAAAUCAACAUGUAGAAAAACAGUGGUCUUGGCAUUGAACCCUGUGGUACACCACUACACCAUUUUCAAUAGUAUAUGGUGUAAUCUACUAUGUGUUUUUCUGUGUGUGCAGGCUCGCCAGGCAGCCCCGUGUGUGUUGUUCUUUGACGAACUGGACUCCAUAGCGAAGGCCCGUGGGGGUAACGUGGGAGACGGUGGUGGAGCGGCUGACCGUGUCAUCAACCAGAUCCUGACUGAGAUGGACGGCAUGUCCAGCAAAAAGAACGUCUUCAUCAUCGGCGCCACCAAUCGCCCUGACAUCAUUGACCCUGCCAUCCUUCGACCCGGCCGUCUGGACCAGCUUAUUUACAUCCCUCUGCCCGAUGAGAAGAGCAGGAUCAACAUUCUCAAGGCUAACCUCCGCAAGAGCCCCAUUAGCAAGGUAAAACACACACACAGCUCAUAAACAGUACAUCUUUCUACACCUGUCAUCAUGCCAAUGUAGCAAGAGCUGAUGGUAGUUAUAUUAUCUAACAAGAUUUAGUGGCUCACACCAAUAUGUAAGAUGUUUCAGGCGCUAUAGAUCUGUCAUAUUACGCUGAUGAUGAUUGGUUAAACCCUGUCUCCUCCCUCUGUCCUAUAGGAUGUUGAUCUGGACUUCCUGGCUAAAAUGACCAAUGGGUUCUCGGGUGCUGACCUUACAGAGAUCUGCCAGCGGGCCUGUAAGCUGGCCAUCAGAGAGUGCAUCGAGAACGAGAUUCGCAGAGAGAGGGAGAGGCAGACCAACCCCUCUGCUAUGGUCAGUUCACACACGCACAUAUCUCUCUCCUUUCUUUCUUUUCCUUUUCUUUUCUUUUUCGGUUAUCGCUUGAUGGUGGUUUCCUCUGGUGGUGGUGCGGGGUUUGGGGGGGUGAGAGUUUUUGGGGCUGGGGGUCGUGGGGUAUGGAGGGGGAGCGGGGAUCGUUAUGAGCUCGGGAGGGAGUCUGUUCUGGAGGGAUGGCGUUCUUGCUUCUGUUGUUUUAUGUCUUUCUUUAUUUCUUCUUCUUCUUUCUUUCUUCUUUCUUCUUUCUUUCUUUUUCUUCUUUCUUUCUUUCUUUCUUUCUUUCUUUCUUUUUCUUUUCUUCUUUCUUUCUUUCUUUCAUGAACCCCCUUCCUCUAUUCUCGUCUCCAGGAGGUGGAAGAGGAUGACCCUGUGCCAGAGAUCAGGAAGGACCACUUUGAGGAGGCCAUGCGAUUCGCCCGCCGCUCCGUCAGCGACAAUGACAUCCGCAAAUACGAGAUGUUUGCCCAGACACUGCAGCAGAGCCGAGGCUUUGGCAGCUUCAGGUACGUUUGUGUGUGACCUCAGGGGUGUGUGUGACAGUGUUUAAUGUGCUAUAAUUAAUCAAUAACGCUCGAGGGGUUGUGGUAUAUUGGUAAUUAUAAACUAGGUGGUUCGAGCCCUGAAUGCUGAUUGGCUGACAGUCGUGGUAUAUCAGACUCUAUACAACGGGUACAACAAAAUAUUUAUUUUAACUGCUCUAAUUACGUUGGUAACCAGUUUUAUAAUAGCAAUAAGGCACCUCGGGGGCUUGUGAUAUAUAGCCAAUAUACCACGGCUAAGGGCUGUGUCCAGACACUCCACGUUGCGUCGUGCAUAAGAACAGCCCUUAGUCAUGGUAUAUUGGCCAUAUACCACAACCCUUCGGGCCAUAUUGCUUAAAUAUACCACAGCUGUUCUAAGGCAUGAUGCGAAGCGGAGUUCCUGGAUACAGCCCUUAGCUGUGGUAUAUUGGCCAUAUACCACAAACCCCAGAGGGGAAUUGUUAUUAUAAACUGGUUACCAACAUUAAAAAAAACAAGUAUUUUUGCAUCAUACUCGUGGUAUAUUGUCUGAUAUACACACAGCUUUAAUGCUGUUUCAGCCAAUCAGCAUCCAGGACCCUAACUACCUGGUUUAUAAUGGUGACUAUUAUCUCUCUCUUGCUCUCUCACAGGUUCCCCUCCAGUGCUGCAGGGGGCAGCGGUCCCAGCCAGGGUACUGGGGGAACUGGCGGGGGGCCAGUGUUUAACGAGGAAAACGAUGACGACCUGUAUGGAUAGAUGGACGGACAGACUAACGGAUGGUGCCACAUGGUGGCCAGCUCUUAUGUGAUCACACCUGUACAAACUAUCAAACCUGAUUGACAAUUUUUUAGGGCUCUGCUUUCUUUCAUGCGUUUCUUUUUGUAUGAUUCCUCUGUGGUGGAGAAAGCAUGUAGCUGCCUGGUUUGAUCCAUCCUUAAACCAGAAGGAUCCGGUUUUCAGGAGAAGCCUGAAAAACGGAUGCUUGCGGUUUCUAACGACCCCGCUCAGGCGUUUCUUUUACGUUAGAUCUGGAGGGGAAAGCUGGGCAGUGGAUAGAGGUUAAAGGUGAUUGGUUGACUGUGGGGGGGGUUGAGUGGCCCCUGAGUUUAUCACAACCCUAUAUUACCAGCUUUAGUGGUAGGAUUCUAUGCUAGACUAUAAGAA